AUCCGUGCGGCUCCGCGUUUCCUCUCGUUUUUCGUAGCGUUCCGCGUCGUUCGCGCCGCGUGCCGCGUCCCGUUUCGGUUGCCCGUGGUCGAAGGGACGCGCGAUCGCCGCCGGUCAACGGAGGACGAGCCGGUGGAACGAUUAGAACACCCUGGCCCUGGGACCUGAAGGAUUCGACAUCCGAGAGAAACCAGUCCACGAACCGACCAAGGCCGAAGUAGCCCGGGCCAAGUCCGACCUCGCCCAAAUCGCCGAGAAGAGGAGCCAUUAUUUUCCCAGAAUCGGGGAAUCCCGCGUCAGCGAUGCCAGUUUAAACAAAAACAUUGCGCACCGCUCGAAUCUCCAUGCCCGGACCAAGGACGAUCGCAGGUUGAACGGUCGAACGAAUCAUCCUCCGGGGAGGGAACGACACGCGUCGACAGAGACGGACAGUUUCUCUCGUGGGCAGAUCGGAGGAUCGGCGAGGGAAGAGCCUCUUGAUGGGCAUUCCGCGGACCCCGGUUGGGUAUCGCCGGUCGCUUCAGCGCGAGAAGGGAAGCAUCAGCAUCAGCAUCAGGAUCCGCGCGGAGCCUUGAGGAUCACAGGUCGAGGGGAGGUGCUCUAUGGGCGCUAGAGGGUGGAGCGGCAGUGCGGCGAAUGACCCGGUAUCAAGCGAUAAUCCUCUACCAUCGUUCGAUCUCGUUCCGAAGGAUAUGAUCGGCUGGCUGGCCCGAUGGCCGGCGUGUAACUGAACGAGGACCCCGUGCGGAUCGUUCUCAAACCAGCGCGUUUAGCGGAUCCUCUUCCUCCGCGGAGCCUCAGGCCUCUUGCGAGCUGGUCACAAGCGGCCAGGGAACAAACCUCUAUCUGGCCAGGACACAAACGCGCGCAGACAUGUCGCGAACUUCGAAUCGCGCCUCCACCGUCGUCGCCAUCUUUGGGAUCGUGCUGCUGGUGGUGCUCCUGGUGAUAUUAUGGACCUCUGUGCGCACCACCAGCAUUUGGGAGAAAGAGACUGAUCAGAGAUCGGAGCUGCAGAUGACACCUUCAAGUGGAUCGAACAGUUUGAACGAAAAUGAUCAGGGUACUACUGUUGCUAGCGGAGGGACUAUUUUUGGCCGGUAUAGCUUCAAUAAUGAAGUGACGAGGAACACGGAGAAAAUCUCGAAGGAGCAAGACGAAUUCUCGACGAAACCCGACGUCGAGUACGUCACGCUGAUGAAGCUCAGUCAGAAUCAGUACGAGGAUCCACCUGAGCAAUUUUCUACAGCCAAGAGGCACGAUAGUGGCCACUUCCGCCUUGCCACGGCGGAAAUCUGGGAUCCUCACCCCCAAUACGACUUCACUGCCUUCGGCAAACGGUUUCGCUUGCGUUUGACACAUGACUCCAGUUUCGUCUCACCGAAUAUUAAAAUAACUCACAUGGGCGCUAACACGACCAGGAGAGAACAUCCGGGCCAUGAACUUGGAUGCUUUUACAGCGGCACCGUGGACGACGAUCCUAACUCCUACGUUACUGUCAACCUUUGCCACGGAAUGACGGGCUACGUGAAAACGUCGACGGGAAGCUACAUGAUUAAACCGACGAGGCCGUGGCGGGGGAACGACAAAGAUUCUCUAGAAUUUUCGCUGCUGCACGCGAUCCAAAGGGUGAGGACACUGGCCACGGAUUCCAACCGCUUUCACGAGAACGAACACUCGUCUGCGGGCCACAACUGCGGCUUAAAUGAUGGCGGUCUUCCAACUCCCAUUGAGGACGACACGUCCGACAUUAGAGUUUACGUCGGUGGCCGUACCCGGAAGCGCAGGGCAUUGACGGAAAAAAAGUUUUUAGACGACUACCAAAGCGAAGAGAAAUACGAGCAGUUCGUUGGACGACGUUCCGAGGGUCGGAAUUUUAUAGAAAACAGCGAGAGGUACAAGAGAUACUACUCCGUGGAGCGCAGAAGAAAUGACGCGAACGAGGAGUACAGUCAGGACUGGGAAAUGGAAUCGGAUCCCUUCGUGACUUCGAGACCACGCCGAGCCUUGUCAGGUGGAUAUUUCAUCGAGCUCAUGGUGGUGGCCGACGCCGAGAUGGUCAAGUACCACGGUGACCAGUUGUUCAGCUACAUUUUGGUCCUGAUGAGCACGGUCUCUAGAAUCUAUAAAGACAAAUCCAUCGGGAACGCUAUAAAUAUUUCCGUGAUGAAAAUCGUGCAAACGGAUGAAACGUUCGGUGCGAAACAGAGGGGAAAGAACGGGAUCGCAGCGGACGACAUGUUGAGGAAAUUUUGUGACUGGCAGAAACACAACAAUCCGCAUGAACCGUCGUCGGAACACCACGACGCGGCUCUGCUUUUGACGAGGGAAAAUCUGUGUCACUAUCAGGACCAAAUGCGUUGCGACACUUUGGGUCUAGCCAAUCUAGGACGAAUUUGCUACCCAGGAUUAUCCUGCGCCAUUGUCCAGGACAACGGCCUAGCCGCCGCGUUCACUAUUGCCCAUGAAAUUGGUCACGUAUUAAAUAUGCCGCACGAUGAUGACAAAGUGAAAUGCGCAGAUUUCAAGAAGACCACCACUCACAGUAACAUCAUGUCCAGGGUGCUGGACAACAACACCUUCCCGUGGGAAUGGUCGGAAUGUUCGAAGCACUUCGUCACCGAGUUCCUCGAAGCCGGCCACGGCAGCUGCCUGCUCGACGAGCCCGUUAUAAUAAUGGAAACGGACGACGUGAGUAGACUGGCCGGCGAGGAUUACUCGGCGAACAAGCAAUGCGAGCUGGCCUUCGGGGAAGGGUUCAGACUUUGCACCCACAUGGUCGCCGAUGUGUGCAGGAGAUUGUGGUGCACCCUACCGAAUUGGAUUAAUAAUCAGUGUCAUACCGAGCACAUGCCGUGGAGCGACGGAACUCCCUGCGGCGUGAACAAAUGGUGUUACCGAGGCGAGUGCGUCUCCCGCAGGAUCCUCGAACCGGUCGACGGCCAAUGGGGCGAAUGGGGAGAGUACGGGGAGUGUUCGAGAACCUGCGGCGGCGGUGUACAGAAGAAGUACCGCGACUGCGACAAUCCACCUCCAGAAAACGGCGGCAAUUACUGCGUCGGGGUACGCGUGAAAUAUCGUAGCUGCAUGACUGAGGAGUGCCCACCAGGAACUCUGGGUUUCAGGGAAGUGCAGUGCUCGAACUACGACAACUACCUAAGGCUGCCGCACCUGGAGAACGCGAAGUGGUACGUCAAGUACAACAGAAUACCAUCGAACGAACGCUGCCGAUUAUUCUGCCAAGUGGAAAGCAAUCAGUAUUACGCGCUGCGGCAACACGUGAUCGAUGGAACACCAUGCGGCCGAGACACCUUUCACAUAUGCGUGAACGGCCAGUGUAAACCAGCGGGAUGCGAUCACGUUUUAGACUCGACAGCGGAGCUGGACGUUUGCGGCGUGUGCAAGGGUGACAAUUCCACCUGCCAGAGGAUCACCGGCUCCCAUAAUUCCACCGAGAAGGGUUAUACGCGAGUGACGAAGAUCCCAGCAGGAAGCAGCAACAUCGACAUCAGGCAGCGUAGCUGGCCGGGAUCGGUCAAUGACUCGAUUUACCUCGCUCUAAGACUGGGCGAAGGCGGCGAGUAUAUUCUCAACGGGGACCACCAGGUGAUACACGCGAGGGUAAUCGACAUUAUAAAAUCCGGUAUCACUAUCGAAUACAGCGGAUCCAACACAAACGUGGAACGUUUGAAUAGCUCUAGACCGAUAGGCACUGAUUUGAUAUUAGAAGUGUUAUCCGUAGCAAACUACUCGUAUCAAGUAACGUACGAGUACACGGUACCCAAGGCGAUCCUGAAGAGCUUCACUUGGGUACUGAGCAACUGGACCGCGUGUAGUCACACGUGCCAGGGAAUGAAGUAUCGUAGAGCUGAGUGCAGGAAUACCGAGCACAAAGACGUUGUUUCUGAUGAUUACUGUCGCGAGAAAGAAAGACCUCGCGAGGAAAGCCAGUUGUGCAACAACCAUUGCCAUCUGGAGUGGAAGAUCACGUCGGUAUCCGAGUGUUCGAAUCACUGCGGUCCAGGCAAACGAACGGUGACAUCGAGAUGUAUGCAGAUUCUGCGGAACUCGGAGUAUCAUCCUCGUCCUAUCCAGGAACAAGCCUGCGCGCAUCUCCAACGCCCUGUUGAAGAAGCUUGCACAGGUCCGUGUGAAAAUGUACAUUGGAAUUACGGCGAAUGGGACAAUUGCAGUGUCACCUGUGGAAGUGGCUUUCAACAGAGAACAGCCGUUUGCGUGGACUUCAACGGGAGACCUGUAGCCGAGGAGAAUUGUGCUAAACAGGAGAAAAUUCUAAGGAGAGUAUGCGUUCAGAGUGCGUGUCCCAAGUGGGAUUAUGGCAAGUGGGGCAACUGUUCGGUAAUGUGUGGUAGAGGCACACGGGAAAAACACUAUUUAUGUCACGUGGAUAGUCUUGUUGUACCAAACAGCUUCUGUGGUGAGCCACCUCCUAGAGAUAUACAAUUCUGCAAUGCUGGACCUUGCGAUGAAUGGCAGACUAGUGACUGGAGCUCAUGUUCAGUUACUUGUGGUGACGGGACAAAAAAGAGAAAUGUUGUUUGUAAAUCUGCUGAUGGAAAAACGAGCAACAAAUGUUCUCCUUCUGAUAAACCAGAUAAAGUCACAACUUGUGUCCUUAAACCUUGUCCAACAUUGACUAACGUAGCACCAAUUAAAUAUUCUUCUGACCCACCACACGAAGACUUUUCUCAGCAGGAUAAUGAAGUUGAUGACAGCCUCCGUAUCCGUUUUGGAUACCACUGGGAGAUUAAACCAUACAAGAAGUGCUCCAAACCAUGUGUUGACAACUUUAUGCGUGUAGAAGUACAUUGUGUUUCCAUUGAGAUGAGGAAUACAGUCCUUGAUCACUACUGUGACCGGAAGAGGAAGCCAUCUACUAUCAUCCCAUGUAACCGUCAUGAAUGUCCAAUGUGGAUUACUGGUAAUUGGAGUAAGUGUACUGCGGAAUGUGACGCUGGAUUUCAACAUCGACAAUUGGUCUGCAGAGGACCAAACGGUGACGAUUUACCAGAUGAAAAAUGCCACGACAGUGAAAAGCCACAAAUAGUGAAAAUCUGUCAGAGGAUCCCCUGCACAUCUAAUUCCAACAAUGGGAGACAUCAGAUGGAAACGAAUAUUUUCCGAAAGUGGAAAGUCUCAAAUUGGUCUCCUUGCUCGAAGUCAUGCGGUAGCGGAUUACAAAGACGAAGGGUGGAGUGCACGAUGAGGAGAGGAAACCACAGACCGGAAGUGACCGUUAAGGACGAACAGUGCUCGAGGCUUGGCUUGACCAAGCCAAGAUCGCAGAGGCCCUGCCGACGCUUUGCCUGUGACUAUAUUUGGCAGGAAGGCGCUUGGUCUGAGUGUUCAGCAGAAUGCGGCGAAGGAAUCCAAUCCAGAACAGUAACCUGUUAUUCUACCAAUCGUCAUGGAUUAUUAGAUCCAGUAUCUAAUGAUAACUGUCCAUAUGAUCAGAAACCACCUUCAAAUCAAAUGUGCAAAUUGAGAGAGUGCGAUGAUGAGUAUCGAUGGAGUCCUGGCCCAUGGAAAAAAUGCAAUCGCAUGUGUGGCACAAAAGGUCGUCAGACAAGGAGAUUAUUCUGUCACAAUAAAGAUGGCAAAAAAGUAGCACGCAUCAAUUGCCCUGAAAAGUUCAAACCACCACGUAAGAGAAAAUGUAACCAAAUAAAAUGUCAUCCAACAACUUGCCUUGAAGCCAGAAAGCAUUAUAAAGACACUGAAGAUAGAGAUUACCAUUUACUUGUGGGUAGAAGAUUUAUGUUAAUUUAUUGCCAUGGUAUGGCAACUUCUGAACCUAAGGAGUAUUUGACCUUGCCAGCCGGAUUCGAAGAGAAUUAUGCGGAAAUAAAACUUAGAAGAGUAACAAAUCAUCAGUCAUGUUCAUACAAUGGACAAAGAAAUAAUAGUUGUCACUGUGCCACUAAUAGUAAUGCUAUUUCUGGUAGAACAAUGUUUGGAAGAAUACGAAUUGAUCCUGUUAAAUUGUACAUUUUAGUGAGUGAUUAUACAUUUUCCCGGACAGAAGAUACAAAGCGUGUUAAUUAUGGUAUGGUUGGUGAUUGCUAUAGUCGUGCUUACUGUUCGCAAGGACGCUUUAGUAUUAACUUAAAUGGAACUUUGUUAAAACUAUCGUCAGAAGUUAAUUGGAGGAGCACACCUGGAACAUCAAUGGAAAUUAAUAAAAUUAGUAGUCAACAUGUUACUGGCAAAUGUAAAGGUUCUUGUGGUUUUUGUAAUCCAAAGUUCGGAUUAAAACUAGAUGUUUUACCACCUUAGUCUGCAAUGUGAGGAGUUUUCUAAUCUCUAGUUGCCUGUAAAGUAUAGCUUUCAGCAGGUGAAACUUCCAUUAGUGGAUUUGAGUACAUUGCAAAAGACUGGUUCAACGAACACAAGAUGAAAUCGACGACCUGCUGUUAAUUAGCCGAUUUCUCGACAUCAACAUUAUUCUGUAUCAUUUACUUAAGUUGUCACUAGUCUACGUGAUUCUUGACAAUCAAAUGUUAACCUUAUGUAAUCAAAGAGAUAGUUUCGAAGCGUUAGACCUGGGAAUUGCGAAAAAGCACUGACAACAAUCUACUCACCUGUAAAGAAUAGUUAAUUACUCUAUGAUUCACAUUUAAAAAAUCAUUUCUUUGUUGCAAAUAGAAAUCCUCAUAGAAUUCAAAUUUUGAUAACAUUUUAUUAAUUUUGCUUAUAAUAAAGUUUUCAAUUGUUAGCUACUAUCUAUAAUCAACAACUUCGUAAAAUUUUCGAAUUAUGUAAGUUUUAUAUGGCCAGUUUCACGAAUGAUAUACUGUUCUGGAAUAUAAACAUCAUAGGAAUGUCAGCAAAGAAUAGAAUCUUUGCAAAAAUUUCAUUGAAACUGGAUAAAAAUCAUGUUUGGUACUUAAGGAAAAUGACAGUAUGUAUGAGAAAGAAUAUAGAUUGAAAAUCAGUAAGACUAUAAUAUUUCUAUUUUUCCAAAUUAUUUACUAACUUCUUGCACAUCUGUCCAGUUAAGAGUUCCACUAGACAUAUAAAUAACUUAAUAUCUGGUAAGAAAUGCAGUAUUCAUUUUGUUUAUACUUACUGAAACAUCAUGACUGCUUGACACUUGUUGUUUAUCACUAAGUAUGCAAAAACAAAUAACUAUGUUAAAAACAAGUGAAAUCCAAAUUAGUAAAUCAAGUGGUACAAGUCCGUAAAUGGAUCAAAGGUUCAUAGAAUGAAUCACGUUUUAUAAACAAAUUUACAAAGAGAGAGGGAAGUCAAGAUAGUGGUAUUUGUUUAAAUUUACAGCAUAGCUAUUAAAGAUAUUAAAAAAAGCAGAACAAUGCUUCGAUUCUUGAUACCACUUUUUCAUGUUCAAUACAUUCAUAUUUCAAAACAAAUUAUAUAUGUAAUGUUAUAGAACACAUUCUUGAAUCUUUAACGAUACAAUUUACGAAUUGACAUUGUAUUAUAAUGAAUAUCCAAGACUUGACUUGUACCACUUAACAGUUAUGAAUUUCAAUUUUGCAUAAAUAUGAACAUGUAAAGUACAGCAAUAAUUUAAAGUUAAUUUUUUGUCCAUCCCAUCACUGCCAUAUUUUCGUGCCUUAUAUUCUAUGUCUUUAUGUAGUACCACAAAAAAUCCAUAUAUGUUUUAUAUCACUUAGGGUAUACUCUAAGUAAACACUUCUUGUAAGUAAACACUGUUUAGAGUACACUCUGCAUAAGUAAACUCAGACAGGAAUGCAUAUCAAGUAUGGUAGUGGAAAAAGUUAUAUUAGGCAGAAAAUGUGUUGAUGUUUUUAAGGUCGUUAACUUUUCCUUUCCUUUCUUAUCAUUCAUUAAAACCGCCAGACCUUGAAGUCAACAAUGUUUUGCUCCCUAAUAUAACAACCACCGUGAAGAGUUAAACACCGCGACAUUAGUAUUUUCGUGGUAUGUAGUAAUAGCUCUGGUGACUUAUAAUUUAGUGUAGUGAUUUAUAGAGACGUAUCCAGAGCUGGAAAAUUUAUAUCGCGCUUUUGAGAGAUCCUGUUGUAGCGAUUGAAUUAACUUAUUGACUUGAGUCGAUGAUAACUCAAUUAUUAUAGUAAACGACUAUUUUGUAUAUCGAUACUUUCUAAAAAAUUUAUUCUCUUCAAUUCAAUAUAUUUCAAUCGAGAAACUUGACAAAAGAAAUGCAAGACAGUCUCGUACCUUCACCAAAAUACCAAACCAAUUCUCGAGUACAAAUCUUUUUUUUGGCAGGGGUACGAUGAACUUGUUCUCAUAGAUUCUAUGGGACCUAAAAAAGUGUAGCUAAGUAUGUAACAUUUGAACAGACUGCCAUAGUUAACGUUAUGGAUUACAUGUAAUAUUAAUAGUUUUUUUAGUAGGAAGAGAAUAAUCUCAGCGAAUUCGGCCAUACUAUAUAGUCUAGAGAAGAAUAGAAAAUUACUAAACUACUAUGUCUUCCCCAUAAUUGUAUAAACAAGUUAUCGUAAAGGGAAAGUAUGUUUUGUACAGAUCUUCGUACAGCCAUAUGAUCAAAAUUUCAUAUGCUUCGUAGUAGCUUCAAUAAAGCCACAGUUUCUAUAUUUGCUUUUAACUCAUUUGUGACAAUAAUGGUACCAUGUUUGUCACCAAAUGCCAAACAACGACUGUUUAAAGAUAAAAGUAGGGUAUACUGCAUAGCUAAAUGUAUCUGUUCUUGUAUGUAUAUUACUUGUAGUCGACCGAUAUUUUAGAAACUAACAAUGUAACAAUCUCUCCAAUUAUUACUGAGUAUUUCUUUUCCGUUUAAUUGUAUUCUUUUCAUGUAAAGCUUCGCACAUUUUCCUUCAUUUCGUCAAUUCUGCAAAUUAAUUGCAAUUUGUUAUUGCCACUAUCGAGUAUUUUUAUAUAAAUUUAAGGACAUUGUGCGACUAUAAGCAUGUAAGUUACGAUCUCGGUAUCCGAAGUUCAUUUGACUUUUCCUUUCUUGUGUGUUCUCAAAGAAAGAUGUAAUUGAUCUGCAUAUGGCAAAAUAACACUGUACAGUCUCAUUUAGUAAUUUAUUAAUAUGUAUUGUUUAAUACGAUUAAUACGUAGAUUAAUACAGAUAUGAUUGUUAGUACUAGUGUACGGUAAUUAUUUAAA